GCUAAUUCAGUCAAUUACGGACGAGGAAGCGUUGAAACGGUGCAUAGCUGACGAUAACUAGAAGAACAAAUUACAGACAUCAAGUCUACAGGAUACCGUGUGAUUGUUUGUCGUGGACGACAUAAAAUACAUCAAAUUAUGGGGUUGGGUGAUCCAAAUAGUAAGGAGCAGAGAGAUGUGGAGGCUGCACAGGAGGUGGGUCGAGUUAAGUCUCUACAGUCUCAAGUGGAUGGGGUAAAGGAUAUUAUGACCCAGAAUGUUGAUCGAAUCCUGGCCCGUGAAGAAAGACUGGAGGAUAUUAUAGGCAUAUCUGAGGAUCUGCAAGCUGGGGCCCAGAACUUCAAGAAGAUCUCUCAGAAGGUUGCUUGUGCUUACUGGUGGAAAAAUGUGAAGAUAAUUGUGUGUAUUAUUGUAGUCGUCAUCAUCAUUGUCCUGAUUGUCAUAUUCCUUGCUACUGGUGUGAUCCCAACCAGUUCAUCCAAACCACCACCUUAGGGUUUGCAUCAGUUACAACUAGAGAUGCACCGAUUGCAAUUUUCUUGGCCGAUUUCGAUUUCCGAUUUUUUGCAAGUGUGACCUGCCGAUACCGAUUUUUUCCGAUUCCGAUUUUCUUUCUAAGAACUAUUAUUGACCACAUAUACAAACAAAAUCUACCUUUCUUCAAUGCUAAAUUUUAUUUUCAUAAUAAAAUAAAUUAUUAAACAUUACAAUUUCCCCCAAACUGCACUAAGUUACAGGAUCUUCUUUCACUUAAACAACUCUAUGACUGGAAAGAGGUAGAAAUAACAAUUAACUGCAAAUAAGUUGCUUUAUAUAACAGAUUUUUCUCUUUAUUACUCGUCUAACAAAACAAUUCCAAAGAUCUGAAAAACUGAAGUGUCCAAUACGCUCAACUUAUGUUAGAUGUCCAAAUAUCAGUUGUAAAACUGAGCACUGCUUCGGGAAUGGCUUGCAUACCUGUCAUCACUCCCGUUUUUCCCGGGAGUCUCCCGUUUUGUUAUUUCUCCCAAAAAAAACUCCCGUAAUUUGUAUGGCCCAAACCACGUUAUAUGAAUAAUCACAUCAAUAUAUUAUUCCAAGGUGGUCCAGUUGCCAGAUCUUGAAUGAAACGCAUCCUACUCACACAAUCGACACAUCAUACAAAUUACAAAUCAUUUAUGACCACAAUCUGGCAACAAUACCCAAUGGGUAUUUUCAGCUGGGUGAUGGUGUUAUAAAUGUCUAAUUAGGUUUGUUGAUCUGAAAGUUAUUUUUGUGGUUCCCCCACAGUUUACUUUGGCCUUGCAAUUAUUACACAUUUCGAACUUUAUGUAUUCUUCACUCACAGUGAAGAUCUUCCAUGCCAAUGACAUGUUUACAUGCGGCUGUGACGUUAUUGCCUGCGCCACUGGCAACAAAAUGGACCGGCUUGGAAUCGGUAAGAUGUGAGGCUGACCGGCCAAUCACCGGUCCGGGCCGAGCAUGCGGAUUCCGGUCCCUGGCCGGUCGAUCGGUGCAUCUCUAGUUACACACACACACACCUAUGCCCACAUACAGACACAGUCAUGACAUCAUAAAUUCACAUAUAUACAUACAUACACACUUUAAUUUGCACAUUUUGCUCCUAUACUUUCAUAACCCUUAAUGUCUCUGCACCCUUUAAAAGAUAGCAGAGCUUCCGUUAUGAAAGCUUCAAAACCUUUUAAGUGAAGGGUUUUAAAUAGUCUAUUGUCUUUACAUUUACAUCUAAUGGCCACUUCAGCUGUCUUUAUGGUUCUCUUAAACCUAUUUUAUAAUAAAUACAAUAUUGUUCAGGUUCUUCUAUACCGAAGGUGGCCUUGAAACAAUCACGUACUGUAUGCUUGCAUUGAAUUAGAGAAGGUAAUGGGUAAAAGAUCUGUCUACUGAAUUUUUAAGUAUAUUUAAGACUGUUAGAUUAGAUAAUAUAAGGUGUUGCUUAUUGUAGAAUACUUUUAGUACUUCAAGAUUAUGUAUUUUGUAUUUAAUUGGUCACUGUACCAUUAUGUAUGUCAUUUAUAAAAGGUCAAACAAGCAUGUGUUUUUGAAACUGUUAAAACAAAGUUUGCAUUGCUCAAAACAAGCUAUUUCCAUUAGGCAAAUUUUAAAACUGUAAGAAGUUUUUUCUUUCUCAAAUUAUUACCGAUUAUUGAAAGUGUCUAUAGAAUGGGACAAAGCUUCAAAACAGAUACAGAUUUUCCUCCAGCAAAAUGAAUGAAAGAUUCUUAUGGAACAAGAGCAUCUGAACAAGGUUACGUGUCUUGCUUCUAUCUUUGAAAUUGUUAUUUUUCUAGACGAAUGUGCUUUUUAUCUUUCCUCAAAAUAUGUCACUAUGAAUCUUCAAGUUACGCUAGUAUACUGUAAUCAUAAUUUUUUGUACUGCAUCAAAUGUUGGCCAAAGUUUGGCCUUGCUCUGUGGGAGCUUUUUAAAACCUGAGACUAUUGAAACAAAGCAAGGAGGAAUAUUUUAGAGCCUGUGCUGUAAUGUCCAGUUUGCAGUUUUUAGUUAAAAAAAACCCCCAUUGAAAAUAACCUCUCUGGAACUGGAUGUCCUAUCCACACAUAAUAUCCUCUCUUCAUAAGUAGUUUCUGUUACAAACAGCUCUGGUUUUGUUGACUGAUCUUAUUUUAGUCUGACUGGUACUGUCGCCCACUGAUUUGGUGAGGUUUAAGUGUUGUUUGUUUGUGUUUGAUGAAAAUGGCUUGAAUGUUUGUAAACCCCAAUCUCAUAUCUUUAGCUUCUAUGAACUUCAUAUGUAAAAAUGUGGGUUUUAUUUUAAAUCUUGUAACUUGUAAAAAAAAAUGUAAUUAAUAAAGA